AUGCCUCGGGAUCGUUCACGCAGUCCCCUGUCCCGACGGCGACGCUCUAGAUCGCGUUCUCGUGAGAGAUACAGAGAAAGGCAUGAUCGGGAGUCAGAUAGACGGAGACGGGAUGGUGAUCGUUAUAGGCGGGACCAUACCCCGGAAAAGAGAAAAGAACGCAGACACGGGCAUUUUUCAGAUGAGCACCGCGUAAAAGAGUCAAAGGGCGGGAAAUCGUGGAGAGACAGUCGAUCACGAACUCCAGAUCAGAUUGAAAAUGUCUCAAACGAUGCAGCAGCCGAAGAAAAAGAAACAAAGGCCCCACAAACAGAGGGAGAAAUGGAGAUGAUGAAAACGUUGGGCUUCUUCAGUUUUGAUUCAACUAAGGGAAAACAUGUGAAAGGCAAUAACGUCUAUGUUGCAAAUAUACAGAAGAAACGAAAGUAUCGGCAAUACAUGAAUCGGCGUGGUGGAUUCAAUCGAAAACUGGACCCGAUCACCUAA